AUGCUGGAUAGUUUGGCUGCCCACUCAUCUGACUCAUCUUCCUUGGCUUCCCUUUCCUCUGACCUUUAUGACUCCCCACCAUCACCACCCACCACACUUAAGGACCAGGUUCAGGCAUCAAAAGUCACCUCUGACAAUGACCCUAGGAUUGAUGAGGUCUGUGACAAGGACUUCAAUGUUUACUUUGUUCCUUCUGGUCCCCUCACCCUUGAGGAUGCAGAUAGGAGAGCCAUGGAGGAGACCCAAUGCAAACAAAGAGAAUGGGCAGAGAAAUCACAGAGAUCCAUGCAAUUAAAGGUGUGCUAG